CCGCGGGCUACCCCUAUCGUGAACCUACUUCUGCCCGCACCAAACAGUUGAAAUCGAGAGAUUGCGCCACGAAAAAGUGAUAUUCGUGCAUCGAGGACCAUCCCUAGUACGCAGUGAAACCCCUGGCCAUAACAGUGCUUCUGUGCGUGAAAAUCAUCGCAUCGUGCGAAAGUGUGUGCACUGUGAUAACGGAUUUUGUACAAUUCACGUAAUUCCGCUUCACGUAGGCAAGUGAGGAAAAAGUGCGUCAACAGCAUCACACCCUGCAGCAGCGUAACAAACCGCAAAUAUGUCGUACGCAUACUUGUUCAAAUACAUCAUCAUAGGAGACACAGGUGUGGGCAAAUCCUGUCUGCUGUUACAGUUCACCGACAAACGCUUCCAACCGGUGCACGACCUCACGAUCGGUGUCGAGUUCGGUGCUCGCAUGAUCACCAUCGAUGGCAAGCAGAUUAAGCUACAAAUCUGGGAUACGGCUGGGCAGGAAGCGUUCCGGUCCAUCACGCGUUCGUACUACCGUGGGGCGGCCGGGGCUCUGCUCGUGUACGACAUUACACGCCGCGAGACGUUCAACCACCUAACCACCUGGCUGGAGGAUGCUAGGCAACACUCCAACUCGAAUAUGGUCAUCAUGCUGAUCGGAAACAAGAGUGAUCUCGAUUCGCGCCGCGAAGUAAAGAAGGAAGAAGGGGAAGCGUUCGCCCGCGAGCACGGCCUAGUGUUUAUGGAAACGUCCGCCCGUACCGCGGCCAACGUGGAGGAAGCCUUCAUCAACACGGCGAAGGAAAUUUACGAGAAAAUUCAAGAGGGCGUCUUCGAUAUCAACAAUGAGGCCAACGGCAUCAAGAUCGGUCAGCAACACUCCCCGACGAAUCCGUCCCUGGGCAGUGGCAACAGCCCAGGCGGACCAGCGAGCAGUGGCUGCUGCUAAGCGUCGUGCCGCCAGCCACCGACGAUCAUGAUGUGCAAUGCCGUACCCGACGACGGUCCACCGUUAGGCCGGAGCUGGGAUGAAAUUAAGUAACUUGGUCUAACAGCAAAAGUGGGAAGUUGUGAUGCGAAUUUUAGAGUACUACCGGGCGCGUCCCCCUUCCUCCCCGCUCGCGACCAGCUGGCAUCGUGCAACGUGUGGUGCAUUCUCAAUUUCCCUCUUCCCGAACAGUAGCAACAGCAGCGAAGCAGCAACAACCGGUGGACCAUGUCGCAAGGAACGAAGAAGUCCUGCCGGUUACGCAAGAGAACGGUGUUCGGUCGAGGCACAUGUUACACGGUUGGGGCUGCAUUUUCCCUUCUAAUACGUCUGCUAGGAAUGGGGAAAAAUAAGUCAAAUCAUAAUAUAACAAUAAACGCUACACGUAACGCAGGAAAGAGAGGGCGAGGGUGAUGUGGGUUCAUGUUUAAGAUUCAUAUGUUUAAAAUCAUCCACGUUGGAGAUUCAUGGCGGGCAAACAACACCUAAAACUAUCUUGGACUCCGCCAGAAGGGAAACAUAAGCGACGCGUACUGGAAUGAGAGCAGGAAAGCAUAGCAAAAACAACCUAAAUCUAAACUAAACCAAACCAAUUCCAAUCUUGUGAUGGGGAUAUGUGUGUAAGUGUAUGUGUGAACAGUUAACUAACAGAAGCAGCAAAAAUUAAUGGAGACGAAAAAGGCAAAAAUAAAAACGAAAACGAAAGACAAACAAAACCCCCUCAAUGCAUAACUGAAACACACAUAAUACAAAAACCAGCUGCUGGGAGGAGUGUCCUUUUUGAGAGCGGACAGGAGCACCGUUAGGGCACUUCAUCCUGAAGGAGCGGGGAGAUGGUGGGCUCUGAGCGAGCGAAUUUAUCGUUGUAAUGGGCAUGAGUAAGGUCUCGGACUGUAAGGAGCACCAUGGGACGGUACACGGGUACACAAGGUCACUGGAUGGAUGGCGGCUGUAAAGUGAUAACGCAAAUAUUUUUACUCUUUGCGGCUACCGUUGCUUGCGAGGGCGAUCCCUAAUCUAACGAUCAUCUAAAGGAAAGGGAAUUAUAUCGCCCCCAAGCACACACUCUCUCACACAUGCACACAUUUCGAUCAAAACGCUCGCAGAAAUAGUAGUAUCUCAUCAUACAUGCUUGCGCUGCAUUCAGCUCAUGGCGCGCAUUUUGCACUAAUUUUGCGUAUUGCGCUUAACCUUCUCGAGUUCCACUAGAAUACGUACAUCUCGGCCAUAGGUCACACUGACAGCAUCUGGAGGAUUCGGUUUUAUUUGCUACUUUUUUGCCAAAAUCCUGACGCACCCCCACGCAGGCGUGUAGGCUUCAAAUCGUUCGAGUCUUAGCUUUCCCAUCGCAAAGGAAUCGUCCGUUUAGUUGGAUACAUAAAACGUCACGAAAUACAAACGUUAUGAAAUAUACAUACAAUACCUAGUACGUUAAUAGUUCCCUUUAUAGUCAGUCUUUCCUUUUCCUGCUAUCGCGCUCCCUGAGGAUUUUCACGAAAAACUGUUUCUUAGAAGAAAUCCAAUUAUAGCUAUUGACUGGCACUUGCCAUUCAUACCAUGCACUACUUACCUUACAUUUACGACCGGUGCACCAUUAAUUAGACGUUACGUUGCGCCGUACGGCCACUUCCGAGUCCCACUAUUCUUCCUUCGCCCAGCUAGCCAAGCCUAUCAUUCUUAUACGUCCAUUGUGGACGGCCAGGACAAUUAAGUUAGCAAAAUUAAUUUAUAUUCCAAACUAAAAGAACUGGUGUACCGGUGGUCCUAAUCUCAUGCAUUGUUCGCAUGCACAUGCGUAGAUAUAUAUCCUUAUUCCCAUUCUUUAAUUGCUUACUGGCGUUUAAUGAAAAUCAACCGAGCUGAUAAGAGCAACGGUCGAGGGAGAAUUUAAGAUUAAAAACCAAGCAUUAUUAAAUACAAACCACUGGAACAAAAAGACGUACGAGCGGAGUAUUAAUGAGAAAAGGAAAACAAUGUCUUCUGCAAAUUGGCACAUACACAAUCGCAGAUGAUGCGACAUCAGCAGAUUGCAACCAAUGGGUGUGAACUGUGGGAUAACUUCUCGGAAAACGGGGAGCUCCUGCUACAUGGGGCAUAGAUAAAAGUACAUAAAUAAAGUAACAAGGCAAAGGAACUGAAAUUAUGA